ACGGAGAGAGAGAGAGAGAGAGAGACACGUUACUUCUCCGGGAGACAUGAAUCAUCCCAGAAAUAACACCGCGCGAGGUCGUGGCAGCAGAGAGCAAGGCCGGCGCUGGAGCGGCUGGGCGCGUUUGCUCGGUCUCUCCCUUUCUCUCUCCCUCGCGCGCCCUGCCUGCGAAAAGAUGGCUGAAGCUGGCGGCGGCGGCGGCGGCGGCGCCGGCUUUCUGGAGCAGCUCAAGUCGUGCGUCGUCUGGUCGUGGACGUAUCUGUGGUCGCUGUGGUUCUUCCUCAUGCUCUUCCUCGUCUACGUCCUGAGGGUGCCUCUGAAGAUCAACGACAACUUGAGCACAGUGAGUAUGUUUUUGAACACAUUGACGCCCAAGUUCUACGUUGCUCUCACAGGAACUUCUUCAUUAAUAUCGGGGCUUAUUUUGAUAUUUGAAUGGUGGUAUUUUCGCAAGUAUGGGACCUCUUUCAUUGAGCAAGUCUCGGUGAGUCACUUGCGCCCUCUGCUGGGAGGGGUGGACAACAGCUCUCCCAACAACUCAAAUACAAGUAACGGGGAUUCUGAUGCAAAUCGGCAGAGUGUCUCAGAAUGCAAAGUCUGGCGAAAUCCACUAAACCUGUUUAGAGGAGCUGAAUAUAACCGGUAUACCUGGGUGACGGGAAGGGAACCUCUGACAUACUACGAUAUGAAUCUUUCGGCGCAAGAUCAUCAGACAUUCUUCACGUGCGAUACGGACCACUUAAGGCCUGCAGAUGCCAUAAUGCAAAAAGCGUGGAGGGAGAGAAAUCCGCAGGCUAGAAUUUCUGCAGCGCACGAAGCCUUAGAGCUAAAUGAGUGUGCCACUGCCUAUAUUCUGUUGGCAGAAGAGGAAGCAACAACUAUUGUGGAAGCAGAGAAGUUGUUCAAACAGGCUCUGAAGGCUGGCGAAGGAUGCUACAGGCGUAGCCAACAGCUGCAGCAUCAUGGUGCCCAGUACGAAGCUCAACACAGACGGGACACUAAUGUAUUAGUCUACAUUAAGAGGAGGCUGGCAAUGUGUACAAGAAAGCUGGGGAGGACCAGGGAAGCUGUGAAAAUGAUGAGAGAUUUAAUGAAGGAAUUCCCUCUUCUCAGCAUGUUCAACAUCCACGAAAAUUUGUUGGAAGCUCUGUUGGAGUUACAAGCAUAUGCAGAUGUUCAGGCAGUUUUAGCAAAAUAUGAUGAUAUAAGUUUGCCAAAAUCAGCCACAAUAUGCUACACGGCUGCCCUGCUGAAAGCCAGAGCUGUCUCUGACAAAUUUUCUCCAGAGGCAGCUUCAAGACGAGGGCUAAGUACGGCAGAGAUGAAUGCAGUAGAAGCUAUUCACAGAGCAGUAGAAUUUAAUCCACAUGUGCCAAAAUAUCUCCUAGAAAUGAAAAGCUUGAUAUUGCCUCCUGAACAUAUUUUGAAGAGAGGCGACAGUGAAGCAAUAGCUUAUGCUUUCUUUCACCUUCAGCACUGGAAAAGGGUCGAGGGGGCACUAAAUCUCUUACAUUGUACGUGGGAAGGCACUUUCAGAAUGAUCCCUUAUCCUUUGGAAAAAGGGCACCUUUUCUACCCUUACCCCAUCUGUACAGAAACAGCAGACAGAGAACUUCUUCCAUCAUUUCAUGAAGUCUCUGUUUACCCCAAGAAAGAACUUCCUUUCUUUAUUCUCUUCACUGCCGGAUUAUGUUCCUUCACAGCUAUGCUGGCACUUUUGACACAUCAGUUCCCAGAGCUUAUGGGAGUCUUCGCUAAAGCAUUUCUUAGCACUCUCUUUGCCCCCUUGAAUUUUGUGAUGGAAAAAGUGGAAAGCAUCCUGCCCUCCAGUCUCUGGCAUCAGCUGACAAGGAUCUGAAGGGAAAUAGUCCGAAAUGACUGCCAUGACAUUUUCUGUGCCAACUUACUGUUGCUGACCAGAAAGCAUGAUUUCUUU